GGUACGUUCCAUAGCUCUCUGUUGCCCCGGAAGAAAGCAGUUUGCUUUUACCACUUGGAAAGUGAUCAGCUCGUCAGAUUGCAACCGUAAAAGUGCAUGAUCAACUCUCAUAAAAAGAAACACAACUCUUGGAAUCCAAGGUUUGCAUAAAAUAUUCACAUACUUUUAAUAUCCAAAACUGUGUUGUAACCGUGGAUGAACUGACGUAAACCUGUGGCAAAUAUUUAGCUAGCUAGCCAACAACGGCUAAAUAUGUUUUCUGACUGUUGUGUUGAGAAACUAACUUGGCUAGCUAGUUAGCAUUCCAGCUAAUCGUUUCCAUUGUUUUGGUCGAAUUUGAUUGAUCUCUUUACCCCAUGUAUUCUAGUUAACUAGACAUGCUAGAUAAAUACAGAUUGCUUUGCUGGUCCCACGUAUUCGACUACUGUUGGCUUUUGAACAUCAUGACAGAAAUAACCUGCGAACUGACUAGCUAAAGUAGCUGGCUGUUGGCUACCCGUGUUAGUUGGCUAGGUAGCUAGCUAAUUAGCUUACAUUUCUAGCUAACUCGAAUUAACGUUAGCUAGUUAUGUCUUUCUUGAUAACAACAAAUAAGCAACACCCCAGUCGUGUGUGUAUUGUUGUAAUCUUUAUGCAGAUAGUUACUUUUGUGGUUAAGAUGAUUAAUCACAUGUAUAGUCAUGAUUAAGCCAGAUCAAGAUAAUAUUGCUUGCUUCACUUAGCUAGCUACUAACCUUAGGUAAUUGAUUGCAAAAUAACGUUGAUCCGGUAAUUUUACAUUUUAAACUGCAUCGUUGGGAAAGGUUCGUAAGCAAGCAUUUCGCUGUAAAGUCUACUCCUGUUAUAUUCGGCUCAUGUGAUACAUUACAUUUGAUUUCGAAAAUCAAUGCAUGUUGUUAGCUAGUUGUCUAGUUAGCCUUUGCGUUUUGCUUUUGUAAUCGCAGUUAAAUUGCCUAGCCGCUAGCUAACGUUAGCACUCAGGCUAGACCUGUCAUACGAAAUCUUGUCAAUAUAUGUUUUAUUGGAUUUGAUAACAACCGUUCUUCCGUACAUUGUACUAUAGUUCGUAUUUAGACUAUCUAGCUAGUUACCCAGUGCAGUGGGUUUAUGAAUUUUUCUCUCCGUUCGACAUUACGGUGACGCAGUUAUUCUGGCCAGCGUUGUUAAACGUUAACUAGCACCUACAACAAUAAUUGGGAGAAACUCCUGCAUGUGUGUCGAUGCAUAUCGUUAUUUGUUGUAGUUAUGUGUACGUUAACUGGGUAGCUAGCUAGGUAACUAACGUUAGGUAGCUAGUAGAGUAGCGAUCGUUGAUGUGUCUGCUGUCUGUACAUGAAAGCAUCCGGUAGAAAUGUAACAUUAGCUAACUAGACGAUCAAAGUAACUUGGAUGAAAUCUGGCCGCUAGCUCUGAUUCUACAGUAGCCAGCUAUUUCACAUUUGUUUAUCAGCUUCCAACCGAAAGGUCCACAUAGGUCUCCUGAUGUGGUUUAAGCAUUGUUGUGGACGUAGAGCAUCCAAUUUUGGCUGGUAAGGUCUCCCUUCCGGUCUUUAGAGCUUGGGAGUGCAGAACCGGAAUCGCAAAGCACGUGAAAUACACUGAGUGUACAAAACAUUAAGAACAUCUUCCAAAUAUUGAGUUGCACCCCCCAGAACAUCCUCAAUUCGUCGGGGCAUGGACUCUACAAGGUGUCGAAGGCGUUCCACAGGGAUGCUGGCCCAGUUUGACGCCAAUGCUUCAGACAAUUGUGUCAUGUUGUCUGGAUGUCCUUUGGGUGGUGGACCAUUUUUGAUACACACGGGAAACUGUUGAGCGUGAAACACCCAGCAGUGAAGGCAGUUUUUGAUACAAACCUGUGCACCUGGAACCUACUAUAAUACCCCGUUCAAAGGCACUUACAUAUUUUGUCUUGCCCAUUCACCCUCAGAGUGGCACACAUACACGAUCCAUGUCUCAAUUGUCUCGAGGCUUAAAAUAUAUUAUUUAACCUGUCUCCUCCCCUUCAUCUACACGGAUUAAAGUGGAUUUAACAAGUAACAUCUAUAAGGGAUCAUGUCCUGGAUUCACUUGGUCAGUCAUGGAAAGAGCAGGUGUUCUUACUGUUUUGUACACUCAGUGUAUUCACAUGUAUUCACACACAGCCUAGUUUCAGCAAGAGCGCGGCUCUCAACUGGUUGUCGCAUGGAGCAGCUCACAAAAUAACGAAAUCGGUAGCUGGUAGGGUAGGUAGUUAAGACUUCAAUUUAGGAUAUCAACCAGUAAAUGCUAACUAAUGAAACAAUGGUUAUGCAAAUCAGGUAUUGAAAAAGUUUCAUCCGAAGUCUUGGUUGAAUCUUUGCCAAGUGCAGUUCAGUCAUCAUGCGCUGUUUGAAUGAACAUUUCUAAAGGCUUUCCUUAAAAGUCUUCCCAAUUAAAUGUUGACUGCAAAGUACGUCUACCUGGCAGAAUGAUAUCUAUGAUUUGUAUCAAUCGGUAGGGCAUUUGUUUAGCAAACUCACAUGUACGGUACUGUAGGCCUACAUUGUACAGUACAGAAACACCACUAGCCAAAUGGUCUCUUGCUAGGCACACAAUUGAAUGAAAGGGCAGCUACACCCUCCCCACAAUAUUUGUUUUGAUUUUCCCAGACCUCAUAAAUGGUCUCCUGGUGUGGUUUUAAAGCAUUGUUGUGGAUUUAGAUCAUCCAAUUACUUUCGUUUUUCUAUUAAAAAAUAUGGUGAUUUCGAGAGUGACUUCAUAAACUAUAGGAAAAUAUAAAAUUUUACACACAGGACACCUUUCCUUUAAAAAAAAUGAGAGUAUACCCACUUCUCCAGGCACCGCUACACCACUACAGCUACUGUCUAUUGAAUGGGCUAAGGUCCACAUAACUUAUUGACCAGAUAGCAGCUAGCCAAGUAACGAUGCAUGCGUUGGAUGAGAUCUGUUUGUACAGCCAACUGGCUAACAUUAAACAUAGGAGUUAUCUGAUCUGUGGUUUACGCCUUGUCUGGCGCACAACCGUGAAAACCACUUACACAUUACAAAGUAUAUUAGCUACAAUGUCAUCUCCCCUCUCCUCCUGCUCUCUGUCUGUCUGUUGCUGUAGGAUAGUACAGUGUUCGGACUGGCUGAGGAGGCAGACCUACAGACGGUAUCACAGACAUUGGACAGAUUUGUAAGUUAACAGACUCGAGUGAACUAUUGGGAUGGCCCAGUACUAUAGCUAGUUGAGCCACUGCCAGAGCAGGGGCAUUCUGAGAGUUGAUUAGCUAUGUAAUGUGACCAUACUGUCUUGUCUUUAUGUAUGCUUUAUAAUGUUAUGGUACUAUGUAGGUCAUCACCUCAAGUCUCUCACUGUAAACUGUGUUUUUAUUAUAGAAUCUUAUAGAUUUGAAUGGACAAGGAGACCAGAAAUACAUAGGUACUUCUCCUAUAUACUAUCUGUAAAUAGUAUACUGUUUAUGGUAUGGCUCUCAGCUGAGUGAGUUGACAGAUUCAUUGUGUGUGUGUGUGGACCCAGCCCAGCUAGUUAACCCGUGUGGAGACUCCGCGAUGCCUGUGAAGAAGAAGAGGAAGUCUUCAGGGUCAGAUGACCCGGGACUCAGGAAGUGUAAAAUCACCUGGUGAGGAACCCCUCCUCACCCACCACCCGUCACCCCUGCUCCUCACCCACCACCCCUGCUCUCCUUCUCCUCACCACUCCUGCUCCUCACCUCACCACUUCUCCCACCAUCCUUCACUAUUGGAUGUUUGGUCUUUUCCCUCCACCCCCUACACAAACCCCAUUUUAUGGCCCCCACCCCUCAAAAACCUGCUGUAUUUAGAGCGGUAGUGGAACUCUGCCUCACCCAACCCUUCUACUGAAGACCCUCCUUCUCCUCACCCAUUCCACCAUGUGUGUGUGUUGCAGCUGCUGCUUGCUGGCUUUGCUCUGUGCAGUGAGCCUGGCUGCUUGACUGGGGAACUCAACACUCAGCACAUAUUUGUCCCCUUAUGCAGCACAGACCUCAGUCAGUCCGCAGGAGAGGAGGGGGGGAGGAGUGUGUGUGACACUGAAUAUCUUAAGAACUCCUCUCAUGCAUGUGUCUGAGUCUGUUUAGUGACUAUGUUCUAUCCUGUGGUGUAGUUCCUGACUGUGUUCUAUCCUGUAUGUUGUAGUUUCUGACUGUGCUCUAUCCUGUGUUUUGUAGUUUCUGACUGUGUUCUAUCCUGUGUUGUAGUUUCUGCAGACCCCAGGCUCCAGGCCGGUUGAUCAGCCCAGAUGACCAGUUCUCCAAUAAGAAAUGUCUGGCCUGGUUCUACGAGUACACAGGUACAGUGCCUUCAGAAAUUAUUCAUACCCUCGACUUAUUCCACAUUUUGUUAUGUUACAGCCUGAAUUCAGAAAUUUUUUCUCACCCAUCUACACACAAUACCCCAUAAUGACAAAGUGAAAACAUGUUUUUAGAAAUAUUAGCACAUUUAUUGAAAAUGAAAUACAGAAAUAUGUCAUUUACAUAAGUAUUCAUACCCCUGAGUCAAUACAUGUUAGAAUCACCUUUGGCAGCGAUUACAGCUUUGAGCAAUGUUCCCUCUUAUUUUUUUCCGGCACAGAGCAAAUUUCUGCUCUGAGCGCAAACUUGAACGUUGUGAAAAUUCUGUGCAACUUGUGGCGCGUGUUUACUUUGAACACUGAGGCUGUACCCGCUUUAAGUUAGUUAUAACAGUGGUCAAUUAGGCUACUGUUGCUAUUUUAUCAUAAUCUAGGCCUAUUAGAGUGGCCUUCCAUAAAAAACAAUGGAGAAAAUGCAUCUCAUAACAUUUUAACAUGGAAAUAGCUGUUCUAUCAUUCAGCCUACAGUAGCAGCCAAUGUGGUGUUCAAUGUAGGCCUACAUUCCAUAAAACUUUUUUGGGAAAAACAACCUUUUAAGGAUUGACAUUAACCUGUUGAUCCACUUGUCCUUCAGACAAGGUGACUGAAAAUGUUGUGGUGUUUGAUGCAAGAAACCACUUUACAAAAUAAAAUUCAUUAUUAUUCCCUUACCAUUAUUACAGAGAAUCAGACAAAUUAUGCUACCCUCUGCCUAUUGGCUACUUAGCUUAUUCAAGCCUGUCUCAAAAUACAACACUGCCCCUUUAAGACAGAAAAAAAGCUAUUUACCUGACUUGCUUUUCAAAGAUGAUUAGAAAUGCACACGUUUUGUACUCUUGCAGGAAGCAACCACUCCCCCACUGCUGACUAGAAAUGAGCUGUAACCUGGGAUAAUAACUCCCUUAGUAACAUGCCCCAAACAUAAUGCUUUGUAUUCAGGACAUAAAGUUGAUUUCUUUGCCAAAUUCUUAGCAGUUUUACUUUAGUGUCUUAUUGCAAACAGGACGCAUGUUUUGGAAUGUUUUUUAUUCUGUACAGCCUUCCUUCUUUUUACUCUGUAAUUUAGGUUAGUAUUGUGGAGUAACUACAAUGUUGUUGAUCCAUCCAGUUUUAUCCUAUCACAGGCAUUAAACUCUGUAACUGUUUUAAAGUCACCAUUGGCCUCAUGGUGAAAUGCCUGAGCGGUUUCCUUCCUCUCCGACAACUAAGUUAGGAAGGACGCCUGUAUCUUUGUAGUGACUGUAUGUCAUUGAUAUACCAUCCAAAGUGUAAUUAAUAACUUCACCAUUCUCAAUGUCUGCUUUAGUUUAUUUUUACCUAUCUACCAAUGGGUGUCCUUCUUUGUGAGGCAUUGGAAAACGUCCUUGGUCUUUGUGGUUGAAUCUGUUUGAAAUGUACUGCUCGACUGAGGGACUUUACAGAUAAUUGUAUGUGUAAGGUACAGAGAUGAGGUGGUCAUUCAAAAUAAUGUUAAACACUAUUAUUGCACACAGAGUGAGUCCAUGCAACGUAUUAUGUGACUUGUUAAGCACAUUUUAACUCCUGAACUUAUUUAGGCUUGCCAUAACAAAGGGGUUGAAUACUUAUUGACUCAAGACAUUUCAGCUUUUCAUUGUUCAUUCAUUUGUAAAAAUGUAUAAAAACAUAAUUCCACUUUGACAUUCUAGGAUAUUGUGUGUAGGCCAGUGACACAUCUCAAUUUAAUCAAUUUUAAAUUCAGGCUGUAACACAACAAAAUGUGGAAUAAGUCAAUGGGUGUGAAUAAUUUCUGAAGGCACUGUUUGUCAUAUCAUGAUGAUCAUAGAUACAAAAAUAGGACGGCCUAUUAACUUUGAUACACACUCGGAUAGAACUCUUUUUAAGUCGCAAGGAACUCUGAAGUUGAUUAUUGGUCACUAAAUAUAGAGUCAUUUAUACCAUUUUGUGUGUGUGUGUUUUGUGCAUGCUUCCCGUGUGUGUGUGUGUGUGUGCAUGCUUCCCGUGUGUGUGUGUGUGUGUGCAUGCUUCCCGUGUGUGUGUGUGUGUGUGUGUGUGCAUGCUUCCCGUGUGUGUGUGUGUGUGUGUGCAUGCUUCCCGUGUGUGUGUGUGUGUGUGUGCAUGCUUCCCGUGUGUGUGUGUGUGUGUGUUUUGUGCAUGCUUCCCGUGUGUGUGUGUGUGUGUGCCAGGUCCAGAUGAGGUGUUGGGUCCAGAGGGGAUGGAGAAGUUCUGUGAAGACAUUGGAGUGGAACCAGAAAACGUUAGUCUUCCUCUCCUCCUCUUUUCUCUUCAUCCAUCCAGCCAUCCAUCGUUGAUAAUUAUGAUGUAUGUUCUCUCCCCCUCUCUCUCUCUCUCUCUCUCUCUUUUUCAGAUUAUCAUGUUAGUUUUAGCAUGGAAACUAGAAGCGCCAAAUAUGGGAUUUUUCACUAAGGAGGAGUGGCUUAAGGGAAUGACUUUACUACAGUGAGUAACCUUGAUUUACCACAUCACAUGUCUAUGUUUCUGAUGCUUCAGACUCUAUAGGUGUGACUGGGAAACCAUGUGUGUGUGUUUGUGACACUACACCCCCCUAUAGGUGUGACUGCAUAGAGAGGUUACAGGGGAAACUGGACUACCUGCGCAAUCAGCUCAACGACAUGAUCAUCUUUAAAAACAUCUACAGAUACGCCUUCGACUUUGCCAGGGUGAGUCCUCUAUCACUGGUUCAUAGUCAGGAAAUGGUUUGACUUCCUGAAGAGAGGAUCUGGAUGCAUUCGGAAAGUAUUCAGACCCCUUGACUUUUUCCACAUUUUGUUAUAUUACAGCCUUAUUCUAAAAUUGAUUAAAUUGUUUUUUUCCCUCAUCAAUCUACUCACAAAACCCCAUAAUGACCAAGCAAAAACAGGUUUUUAGAAAUGUUUGCAAAUAUAUAAAAAAUGGAAAUAUCACAUUUACACAAGUAUUCAGACCCUUUACUCAGUACUUUGUUGAAGCACCUUGGGCCACUCAAGGACAUUCAGAGACCUGUCCCGAAGCCACUUCUGCGUUGACUUGGCUGUGUGCUUAGGGUCGUUGUCCUGUUGGAAGGUGAACCUUCGCCCCAGUCUGAGGUCCUGAGUGCUCUGGAGCAGGUUUUCAUCAAGGAUCUCUCUGUACUUUGCUCCGUUCAUCUUUCCCUAGAUCCUGACCAGUCUCCCCUGCCGCUGAAAAACAUCCCCACAGCAUGAUGCUGCCACCACCAUGCUUCACUGUAGGGAUGGUGCCAGGUUUUCUCCAGACAUAAGGCUUGGCAUUCAGGCCAAAGAGUUCAGUCUUGGUUUCAUCAUACCAGAUAAUCUUGUUUAUCAUGGUCUGAGAGUCUUUAGGUGCCUUUUGGCAAACUCCAAGCGGGCUGUCGUGCCUGUUACUGAGGAGUGGCUUCCGUCUGGCCACUCUACCGUAAAUGCCUGAUUGGUGGAGUGCUGCAGAGAUGGUUGUCCUUCUGGAAGGUUCUCCCAUCUUCACAGAGGAACUCUGGAUCUCUGCACUGUACUUACAUUCUCUUCUUCUUUAUCAUCUCUCUUACCCCUCCCUCUGCCUCCCUCCCUCCCUCUCCCCCCUCCCUCCCUCUCCCAGGAUAAGGACCAGAGGAGUCUGGACAUGGACACAGCUAAGUCCAUGCUAGCAUUGCUACUGGGGAGAACAUGGCCACUGUUCCCUGUCUUCAACCAGUUUCUGGAGGUAACACACACCCAAUGCUGACCACACAGCUGUGUGGUUCCUGUACUGACUCGCUCCUAAUAUUUAUCACCUUUCUCCACCCCCUAUCUCCUCCUCUCUCUGUCCUCCCCCUCUCCCCUCUCCUCUCCCCUCUCUUCCUCGCUUCUCUCUCCUCCCCCUCGCUUCUCUCUCCUCCCCUGCAGCAGUCCAAAUACAAGGUGAUGAAUAAGGACCAGUGGUAUAACGUCUUAGAGUUCAGUCGUACAGUCAGCACAGACCUCAGUAACUAUGACGAGGAUGGAGCCUGUGAGUACACACACACACUAAACCACACAAAAAACACACACACAAAUAAAAAAACACACAUACACAGUCCCUCUCACACUAACACUACUCUUUCUCUCUGCAGGGCCGGUGUUAUUGGAUGAGUUUGUGGAGUGGCAGAAAGCUCGGCUGGCAGCGUUAUAGCGGAGAGAAGAAAGAGGGAGCAGGAGGAAAACGAAAGAGAGAAGCACACAUGAAGAUGUUCUCCCUCCGUUUGAAAUAUACAGAAACGGCACAUAUACACCUUCCAUGGACUGUGCACACACACACACACACGCAUACGGUGUCAUGGAGCGCACACACACUUCCAGUGACGGCCUCUGUGCUUCGUGGGCCAACAGUGAAGUUCUCUCUCUCUCUGAAGAUACUUUUCCAGUGUUCAUUUAAACAAGUUCAACAAGAAGAAAACAAACAAAAAGCUAAACUAAAGAGGGAACUAUUUUUCAUAUAUAUUGCAUCUGUGGCCACAGUUGUCUAGCCAUUGUUAAGAUCGACUGGGGAAUUUAUCGGUUUCCUUGAACAUUUUUUCCCUUCAUUUUUGAGUCUUACCUCGUUUAUAGUAUGUUUUCUGAACAAGAAUAAAGAAUGGAAUUGUACCAAACCUGCUUCUAACCUCUGAUUGGUACAACCAAACUUGCUUCUAACAAAUAACUUAGCAAAUAC